AUGGUGAAGCCAGAUAUCCAGGUGCCAUACCUGUACAUAGACCUGGGAGCUGCAGUGUUGUGUGCCAGCUUCAUGUCAUUCGGGGUGAAGAGAAGAUGGUUUGCCAUGGCUGCUGCCAUUCACUUGGCCCUGAGCACAUAUCUGUCCUAUGUUGGUGGACAGGUUCAUUAUGGUGAGUGGUUAAAGGUGAGAAUGUACUCCAGAGCAAUGGCCAUCAUUGGAGGGUUUCUGGUGUUGGCCAGUGGAGCAGGAGAGGUUUACAGACAGAAACCUCGUACAUGCUCUCUGCAGUCUACUGGACAGGUCUUUCUAGGCAUCUACUUGAUAUGUAUGGUGUACUCGCUACAGCACAGUAAGGAAGACAGGCUGGCCUACCUGGACCACAUUCCUGGUGGAGAAAUCACCAUCCAGCUCCUGGUGGUUGUGUGUGGAGUGCUAGCACUCGCCUAUCUUUCUGGCUGCUACGUGCGUGUAGCCUCCCAGAUCCUGGCAAUUCUGUUACCAUUGGUUGUGCUAUUUAUUGAUGGCAACAUCAGCUAUUGGCACCAAACCUACCGUGUGGAGUUCUGGAACCAGAUGAAGCUCAUCGGGCAGAAUGUAGGCAUAUUUGGAGCGGUGCUUAUUCUGGCCACAGACGGUUAA